UGGGAAAAGUGGGUGUGCACCUGUGCAGGGUGUAUGAAGUAAAACAAAGUUUGGGAGAGAGAAACAAAACUCAGCGUCACAGGUUUUCAACCAACCAAGUAAUGCUAAUUUGACGGUUCGGCUCGCUGUUUACACUGUAGCGUGCACAGCGAACACCCACAGAUGGUCUGUGUAACUUCACCGCUCCGUUGACAUCGACCUCCUCCAAGCUCAUGUUUUAUGUCAAAACUGCGCAGGCAGGGACGGAAAUUCCCUUAAAAUGGCUACUUUCCAGCCGAAGACUCCGGUCCACCGUCACCCCCACCUCGGCGACGCAGCGGGACAAUGUCAGCAGCCGCGGCGGAGCUGAGCAUGACUCGGCACGGUCGGAGCGUCCCGAACAACCGGGAGGAGGAGGGAGACACGACUCCACCACCACCACGGCUGCUAAUGAGAUCUCCGUGGAUUUUGACCAGACCCGGGAGGCUUACAAAAGCAAAGACUCAUUAGAGCUGCUCAGAAGUUUGGUGGUUUUCAAACUCUGCUCCUAUGACUUCCUGGUUGAUAAGAAUAAAGAGAUAAUGGAUCUAGGCAAGAAGAUCCUGGGCCAGAGAGCCUUUGACCAGUUCAUGAAGAUGACAUUUUAUGGCCAGUUUGUGGCUGGUGAGGAUCACAGAACCAUUAGGCCUCUGAUCCAGAAGAAUCAAGCCUUCGGUGUCGGCUCUGUUCUGGACUACAGUGUUGAGGAAGAUAUCAGCCAGGAGGAGGCAGUACAGAAAGAGAUGGACUCACAUGUUGCCACUGCAGAGAAAGAGAGAAUAGGUGAGGACCACAGAGAGGAAAAAUACAAAGCGCAUAAACAGUUUGGGGACCAUCGUGGGGGAGUGACCAGAGCCCGCACAUAUUUCUACGCCGAUGAGGCCAAAUGUGACCAGCAUAUGGAAACUUUCCUCAAAUGCAUCAAAGCAUCUUGUGGGAGUUCAAUGGAUGGUUUUUCAGCUAUCAAAAUGACUGCACUGGGACGACCACAGUUUCUGCUCCAAUUCUCAGAGGUCCUGGUGAAAUGGCGGCGAUUUUUCACUUUCCUGGCAUCACAGCAGGGGAAAGAUGGCAUGCAAGCUUUAGAGCAGAGGCUGGAGCUGAAACAACUGCAGGAAUUCCUGACCAAACUGGGUGCAAAAGGUGACUUCUGUGGCUGGUUUACUGGCAGGAAAGAUGAAACCUCAGGAACCAUUGACAUGAUUGACUGGAACAGCCUUAUAGAUGACAGAACAAAGAUAUCAGACCUUCUGGUUGUCCCAAAUGUAAAGCAAGGUGUGCUAGAGCCUCUGCUGAAGAAGUUCACUGUAGAGGAAGAGCAACAAAUGAAGAGGAUGUUACAGCGUAUGGACGUCUUAGCCAAGCAUGCCCUAGAGAAUGGUGUUCGCUUGAUGGUGGAUGCAGAGCAAACCUACUUCCAGCCAGCUAUCAGCAGACUGACAUUAGAAAUGCAGAGGAUCUACAACAGAGAAAAGCCUGUCAUCUUCAACACAUACCAAUGUUACCUAAAGGAGGCCUACGACAAUGUAACUAUGGACGUAGAACUGUCACGGCGUGAGGGUUGGCAUUUUGCUGCCAAGCUGGUGCGUGGGGCCUACAUGUAUCAGGAGCGAGAGAGGGCCAAAGAGAUUGGUUAUGAGGACCCUAUUAAUCCUGAUUAUGAGUCCACCAAUAGAAUGUACCACAGGUGUCUGGAUUACGUGCUGGAUGAGAUUGCACUCAACAGAAAUGCCAACGUAAUGGUUGUCCAUAAUGAAGACACAGUGAAACACACCUUAAGGAGAAUGAAUGAGCUGGGUCUCUUUCCCACAGAGAACAAGGUGUACUUUGGUCAGCUACUGGGGAUGUGUGAUCAGAUCAGCUUCCCAUUGGGCCAGGCAGGCUUCCCCGUGUAUAAGUACGUCCCCUAUGGGCCGGUGAAUGAGGUGAUGCCCUACCUGUCUCGGAGAGCCCAGGAGAACAGAGGCUUCAUGAAGGGUGCCCAAAAGGAAAGGGAGCUGCUGUGGAAGGAGCUGAAACGCAGACUUGCCUCUGGGGAGAUUCUCUACAGACCAGUGUAUUGAAAACACAGAAGAAGAGACUGAGAGGAGAGCAUGUCAGUGUGUCAAGUUCUUCUCUGGUUGACGGCUGCUGCUGUGGAUGUCUGUUCUGUCUCCCACCGUACAGCUCUCCAUGGAUAUAUAUCUCUUGUGUUACCCUGUCCUGGAGUUUUCUUGCUGAUGGACUGUUUUUGCAUGUCAGUCUCUUUUUCUGUCUGGCCAUUGUUGUUGUUCCCUUUGUUUUUCUUGUUCCCGCUUGUGUUCCUCUGUGUGAUGUCACCCACCUUCACCCUUGUCCUUACUUAUAUGUAUUGCCCAUGUUCUCUCUAUUUCUUUUCUUAUCUGCCUCUGCAUCCAUAAGCAUUCCUCACUUUGUCUUCCCAUUGUCUAUAGAGCUCUGGUAUCCAUCAAAUGGGCAUCUUUACUGCUCCAAAAGGACUCCCUAAAAUGUCAACGAGACUGGGGCGGGCAUCUAUUUUUAUCACCCUAUUUAUCUUGGAGAGCGACAACAAUAAUAAAAAUAACAGGCUUGAUUUAAAUGGUAGUAAAGGAAACAUCAAUAUUCCCCUCCUAUAUUAUGUUUUUUUGACUCUUGGACAGCAACACAGUACCCAGAGGAGGCCUCUCUGUUCUGUGUAUUUGUGUGCUGUGUUCGAGGUUGUACUGCUGGUUUGAAAAUGAUGCCUGUUUAUGAAUCAAUGAGGAAGUAUAAAUGGUUCCUCAUAGCACAUCCCUCUUCUUCCAAUGUUUUUGUUAUUCUGUUUACCGGAGGAAGAUACAGCAUAUUCUUGGUCACUGAGGUGUAACAAGAAAACACACUGUUGAGUAUUCAGACAGUGAAUCUUUUAACACAGAUGCUUGCAAGUCUGGGCAGGUUGUUUUUUUUUUUUUUUCAUGACAGAUAAUAUGCAAGGGGAUAAUGAGUUUGAGGGUUUCUUUUUGGUCUUACUGCAUUUUGAUGGAUUAAAAUUGUGCAAUUCCUACCUUUGAUGUAAAUAUGUUUGAAGCAGGUGCUUCUUUUUGUUGGGUUUACAAGUCUCACUUAUUGGACCUGUGAAAUUGCCCAGUAAAUAAAUAUGCACUGUAUGCGUACAA